UUACCAAACAAGCAUCAAUCUGAAGCUGAUAUUUUGCCUGCAUGAGAUUAUCUGUACACUAAAAUGGCUUUGUGUAAUGAUUUCUUUGGAGGUGAUGCUGAUAUGUCAUUUACUUGUCCAGUCAAGUGUUCUUCUUUACGGAAAGGAGGGUACGCAAUGCUUCAAGGAUUCCCUUGUAAAAUAAUGGAACUAUCCAAAGCACAGCCUGGAAAGCAUGGUCAUGCUAAAAUGCACUUGAUAGGUUUGGAUGUAUUCACUGGACGUAAGCAUGAAGACAUCUGUCCAACCAAAGAAAACAUUGAAGUUCCUGUGCUUAAAAGAACAGACUAUCAACUCAUAAAUGUUGAUGGUGAUUUUCUUGAGUUGAUGGAUCAAGCUGGUCGAUUGCGUGAUGAUGUCCGUCGCCUUUCACUCGAGAAACAGCUUGAUAAAGAAAUAAGUCAACUGUGGGGAAAGAAUCAGGACGUCAUCAUUACACUUCUUGAGGGCAUGGGACAAGUGAAAGUUAUAUCAGCUAAAGCAAAUAUCUGAAGAAUACUACUCAUUGCCAUGAUGGGGUAGAAGUUAGAUUGAACUUGUGUUUGCAUUGAAAUUUUAUAUUUAUAGUCUACACUGUUAAAAUUGAUUUAACAUUGUUUUUAAUUAAAUUCAAGACUGUAAUGUAAUCCUG